AACAAAAAAAAAAGCCUUUAUUCAACAAGAAGACUAGUUUCUCUUCGUCGUUCCCUCCCUGAGAGCCAGCUGUUUCUUCUUCUUCACCUCUCUCUCUAAAAUCCCUCGGAAUUUUCCUCCGUAAUCUCCGCAUUGGCCCCCGCCGCUGAUCAGACAGUCUCAUCUCUCGCCGUCACCGGCUACAAUCCGAUCUUGAGUGAUCUGUACAUCAUUCGUUGGUGGAACUGUGACGAUGCCGGCUGAGGUGGAGACACUCGAAGGGAAGUCCCUGUCGAGGGUUGAGAUCGAGAAUGUGGAUGAGAAAAAGCAGGAGACAGUAGGUUCGGCUGUGAAUGAGAACGUGGCCAAUGGAAUCAGCCAUGGCGGCAAUGACAACGGCAAUUGCAAUGGCGACGACAAGGAGGAGCACGAUGGUUCCUACGUUUUCGUGACGGAGAACGACACUGUCGGUGAUGAUCCUGUAGCCUCUGACACGUUCCACGACAGAAUUUGUGAUUUUGUUAGGCCCUCCGAUGCCAAUGUCGAGAAAGACGGACAUGGGUUUGUCGAGGGAGAGAAUGGGAAUCCUGGGGAGCAGAAGAUGGAGAUUUCCCAAGAAAGUCAAACCAUGGCAGAGUCCGAGGCAGAUAGGGCAGAUGUUGGAUUGAUUGAGGCGGUCGUGGAGAUCACAAAGUCAGAAAUGGAGGGUCCUCGUGAUGGGGAUCUUGGAAAUGGAAAAGGAGAAAAAUUGGAAUCUACGAUGGAAGUGGAACCGAUUCAAGAAUCUGAAGUUGAACCCAGGGGUUUCCAGGAGAAAUCCGAAGGUCAGAUCAACACUGGUAGGAAAAUAGAUGUGGAGGGAGACCAGGGGAACAGUAUUGAGGGGCAAGACAAAUCGGAUAUGGAUGUAGAUUUUUCUAAGGAUCUACAACAUAGUGAAGAUGCAGAACGGCCAAUUGAGUCAAAUGUGGGAACGAAAUCUGAAUUGAUCAGUGAGGAGACUUCUCUAGAUGAUCCUAAAGAUGGCAGCCUGAUUUUGGAACAAUCUGUCUAUGAUCCUAAAGAUGAUGGGCUGAUUUUGGGACAAUCUGUCCAAGCAGAUUCAGGUUGCACUAUCAAUGUAUCUGAAUCGGUCAAGGCUCCAGACUCUGAAGAUGAUGACAUUAGAUCAGAGUCCACAGCUGUUGCGGAACCUGUUUCUGUUGAAAGAGAAAACAGUGAAGGUGAUGCUCUAAUGGUGUCGGAGGCAGAAAAGGCCCAACCUUCUCAUGAUGCAGCAGAUGAUACUACUGAGCUUGGUGUGCCAAAUGUAAAUGGUGAUGCCAAGGCGGAGACUCAUAAUCUUACUGUCCCCAGCUUGGAUGAAGAUGCUAGCAAGCAGUCUGAAUCUCGAAUUGCCGAGGUUCACAAUUCUGUUUCUGAUGAAGGAGCCCAAUUAGAACCUGAGGCUGCUGAUAUCUCUGCUUCUGAUGAAAGGAGUGAUGUUAUUGGCCUUGCCAAGGAAAAUGUUUCAGGAACUGCUAUUGCCGAUGUCUUGUCAUGUGCCACCCAGCAGGAACCAGAACAUACUGAGCCAUCUGAACUGGUAGAAACCCCUUCGUCCCCUGCAAGUCUUGAGGCUCCAGCUACUGAGAAUGAAACUAAUGGCCGGGGCUCUUCAGAGGAUGGUGAACUUGACAUCAAACAAGAGACGAAGGAUGAGUCUGUUCUGUUGGGACAAGAAGUUACCGACGUGAAUGAAAAAUUCUCUCUUACUGGACAAAAUCAAGAAAACGGCAUGGAGGUGAACUUUGGUACUGAUGCUGAUGGUUGCACAACCUCUGCAGAGGAAGCUGAAAGCUCACAGACAGGUGGUCUCCCCAGAAAUGUAUCAGACGAGGGUACUAAAUCUAUUUCCACAAGCCUCAGCGAGCCAUUAAUUGGGUUGGAUUCCGAAACCAUAGUCCCUAAAUUGGCAGAAAAAUCGGUGAAUGGAGCAGCUGAUGAAAUGAACGCUACUGCAUUCGAACCUGAAGGUGUGCAAUCGGGUAGAACAUGCAGUGAACUGAAUGACGAUUUGCCCACUCCUGAGCACAGUAAGAUAGACAUAGAAGUGGAGAAUAAUUCAAAAGUGAAUGGUACCGAGGACAUUCCGAAGGAUGUUUGUGAGGAUACAUCCGAAGACGUUUGUGAGGCAGAGGUAUCAAACAUCAAAAAAGGCUCUGUGAUGAAUGCAGCUGAAGAAGUAGAGUCAGGUACCAAGAGCUUUUAUAAUACAGAAUUUCCUCUUCUGAGCAAUGGAAAGGUAGAAGCAGAAGUCGUAGGUGAGCCCCAGGAGAAAGAUAACGAGUCACGUUGGCCCACCGUCUGUUCCGCAUCGAAAACCAAGACCUCUAUCCCAAAUCUUGAACCUGAAGUCACUGUGUCUACAGAUACCACAGGUACUGGAGAUAUGAAUUCGGAAGCAGUAGCUGAGAGCACCGAUAGCAAACUUGCAGAACACAAAGGAGGAAUUGAUGUGAUUGAAAAUGGAAAUAGGACGAGUACUUCUGCUGAUGAAACAGAUGCUAAAGUAGCUUCUGCUUGUGAGGGCAGUGACGGGCAAUCAGUGAAUCUCCAAGUAGAUGGAGAAACUCAAAAGGAUCAAGUUUCAACUUGUGAGGCCAGUGGCGGGCAAUCGGUGAAUCUCCAUGUAGAUGGAGAAACUCGAAAGGAUCGAGCUUUAGCAUCUUCUGGAGAAGUUUAUACACUUGAUGCUUCUGAAGGGCAAGCUAUAGCUGCAGAGAUUGAGAGAAAGCCAUUUUACUUUUUGCCUAGAGUUCCGAGAUAUGAUGGCGAAAAUUUAGCUGAGCAACUCAAGCAUGCUGAGACGCAAGUUGAUGAGAAAACCCAGAUCCGAGAUGCUAUUGGGCCUGAAAUCCAGAAGAUUAGGGUGUCAUGUAAGGAGCUUGAUGCCAAUCUCAAAGCAGCCAUUGCAGAAGAGAGAUCUGCAAGAAAAGCACUGCAAUCGAAAAGGCAGGAGAUAGAGUCCCUUCAAUCUGUCAUUAACCGGGUUAAGAGUGCUGUCUCCGUUGACGACAUCGGCUCAAAGGUGCAUAGCAUGGAACACAUGAUACAACACGAAACUUUAACUCUGAAUGAAGAAAAACAACUGAUUCGUGAGAUAAAGCAGUUGAAGCAACUCCGUGAGCAGAUAUCUUCUAACAUGGGUACACAGGACGAAGUUCAGCAAGCAUUAGACAAUCAAGAGAAAACCGAAGAGCGCUUGAAGGCAAUCCGGAAGGAACUAGAUGUGCUGAGAAACGAUCUCUCGAAAGCCGAAGCAGUAACAAAAGCUGCUCGGGAAGGGCAUGGAGAGGAAUGGGAAAAGCAGAGUAAAUUGCAAAAGCAGUUCAGAGAUGCUGAUGCAGUUCGUCAGGAGGCAUAUGUGCUCCUACAGAGUUUGAGGAAACAACUAAGAGAAAAGAACAAAUAUUUCUUCAAGUACAGAGAUGACUUGAAGGCUGCCAUUGAAAUGGCUUUAAAGAAAGACAGAGAGGCCCUUCAAAGCUUUUGUCUUGACCAGGUGGAGACUUUCAUGGAUCUCUGGAACAACGACGACGAAUUCCGUAAAAACUAUAUCAGAUGCAACGCGAGGAGCACAUUGAGAAGACUAGGAACCCUAGAUGGCCGCGCUCUUGGUCCUGAUGAGGAGCCACCUCAAAUCCCACAUGCGAAAACUGACAGAGCGGACAAACUUAGAUCUUCGAAUGUUAGACCCGAGACCCACGAAAUGGUUCCUCCAUCUUCAGCCCAUCAAGAAAAGGUCACUCGGUUCGAAGAUUCGAAACCCGAAAACACAAAGGCUGUAGCCAAACCCACUGAACAAAAGGAUCAGACCACAAAGUCCAAGAAGCCUGCCAAAUCCACGCCUCCACCGAUCGGUAUAGCAUCUAUUUCUGGCGGAGAGGAGAUGGAAGAGUCGAGAACCGAAGAAGAAGAAGAAGAAGAAGAGAAGCCUAAGUUGACAAAAGAGGAGGAAGAGAAGCUGAGAAAGGCAGAGGAGAAGCGAAAGAUGGAAGAAGCUAUGAAGCUGAAGGAGCAGAGUCGGUUAGAAGAGAUUGCAAAGGCGAAAGAAGCAAUGGAGAGGAAGAAGAAGAGAGAAGAGAAGGCUAAAGCAAGAUUUGCCUUGAGAACUCAGAAGGAAGCUGAAGAAAAAGAGAAGGAUCGAGAAAAGAAACUAAGAAAGAAGGAGAGGAAGGGCAUUGCUGAAUCCCGAGAGAUUCCGCUUCCAAGUUCAGAUGCUCAAUCCGAGACCCCGAAGGAGAACGAAUCACCGGAGGAAAAAAUCACGACGACGAUCCAGCCGAAGAAAUCGCAAAAAACAUCGCAAUUCCUCAAACAAACGAAAUCGAAAUCGAUUCCUCCGCCUCUCAGGAACAGAAGCAGCAAGAGAAGGCUGAAGCAAUACAUGUGGGUGGCGUUCGUGGCUGUAGUGGCCUUGGUCGUGUUCCUUCUAGGUAACGCAAAUCUCUCCUUCUCUCCCUCCAAUCUCUGGUUCCUCAUAUAAUCUCUCAAAAAUGGCCUCUUUUUUUUUUUUUUUGCUUUUUGCUUUUUGGUUUCGCUCUAUCUAUGGGUUUUUCUUCUUCUUUGCCACGGCAUUUCAUUUGGGUGUGUGUUUUUUUUUUUGAAGUGGGAAGUUGGAUUCAUUUAUUCACACGUAAGAACAUAGAUUGAUUUGUUGGUACCAUAUCUUAAAAAUAAAUAUACAUAUACAUAUAUAUA